GGAUCAUGCUGUAAGUCAUACAUCUGCUAAUAAAAAUAAUGCUAAUAGCGAUAGGCCUAUCAAGAAAGCUAAUGUAUUUGGCACUUACUACUGCGAAAGUUUGCGAUAUAAUGUUGAACUAUUUUUUGGAGAAAUUUCUGGGCCUCCUUUUUAUUUGAAUAGUUCUGGAAAAUCUCAUGCCAUUGAAAACCAAAUCAAGUUGGGAAAAUGUGGAAAAGACUCACUUGAAGACUUUCGUAGAUAUUGCAAAAAAAACAAGGAACUUGUUGAGUUUAAAAAUAUUAAUAUUUUUUUGAUGCACGCUCAUGAAACAAUUAUUAAAUUUUCAAUUAUGGAUCAAAAAUUGUAUCCAUUAUUUCAAAUAAGAACUUUGGACGAUCUAGAAAUUUUAAAUUCAUUGGAUAAGAAAUUUUACAGGAUAGAUAAAGAUAGUGAGGAAAGCAAUUUCAAGAAUGAUGAUAGUUGUAGCAAUGAAGAGGAAAGUUGUAGUAGAGAGGAAGAAGAGACUAAAGAUAAAUAUCGUAAUAAAUUUGAAGAGAUUA